CGAUUUCUUGUUUUUUCCCCGCCUCAAGCAGAUUCAGGGAGUUAUCCCAAAUCUUCCCAAGAAAGAACUUAAGAACCCAGGCUCGCUUAUGAUUCAAUUUUAUUUUGGAAAAGCAUUCAUCAACUAGAUUUCUGUUCACGUUUUACGAGCUCUUCCACGAGGAGUAAUUUUACACCUAGGUCAGUGUAGUUGCAGUGUUGCCAAAAACAAAGCAGAGUUAGAAACCAAGUCAACACCAGAAUGGCUGACAGUAAACCCUCCCGCGGGCCGCGGGGCUACGUGCCUCCGCCGGAGCCGAACAAUAGUCUGGACAACAAAUACUAUGCGCAGACCUUCAUUAACCCGCGGAUCCCUUCCAACUGUGACCACAGUCUGGGAGACCGACGGGAUCCGCCAACCUACGCACCGGCAGAACGAGGCCCAAGGAUGUUCACGAAGCCACUGUAUUCAUGUUGAUUUUUUUCUUUUCGCAUUUUCAUCUACAGUUCGUGUCUCUGCUGGACUGGCCUUGCAUUGCAAAGAUGAAUGUAAUUUUGUACCAUGGACUUGAUAGUACAGCUACAGAGUCAGCAAUUUAUCCCCCCCUUUUGUUGUCCGAAAAAUUCUGAAAAAAAUGAAAACCACCCACAGGGUUCCGCCGAGUGACAGGAUGUGGCCGCGAAACUACAGCAUGCCACCAGCCAGCCGCAACGAGUACAAAGAACCGGACAUUGCGAAGGAAAUUGCGAAAUACAGUACGUUUGAAGAAUACAAAAACAGCAGGACCUACGAAGACUACUACCCAGGACUCUACGAAGCGCCGCAUAAGGUACUUAACUUGCAGUCAUGCAUUACAAAUCUGUUCUUUCUUGUUAGGGUAAAUCUGCACUACCACCAAUGCUGGGCGAAUUUGACAAUGUCAUGCGAUAAUUUUUACUUUGAUGAUGUGAAACGUCUCAGGUCUUUCCCGGCCGUCUGUACGGCACGCAAUUUGGCUCUUUUGACUGGUGGAGGAGUCAACCAGAAUUCGAUUGGUGGAACGUGAGCAACCAGCAGCGGCAGACGUACUUCAGAAAAGACCCAACCAACGCAAAGGGUGACAGCGUGGGGCCAAGUAUAAUUGUUCAGUGAUGUGUUCUUUAGUAAAUGUAAAUUCCUUUGCACAAAGAAGUGGGUUUGGUUUCUUCAAACACGCUCGGACGGGUUUUUACGGAUUCCGAUAUAGCUUGCCCGUGAGAAGUGUUUUUUUGUCAUGAUCCGUCUUCAGCCAGGGUAGUUAGUAUGUAUCAGAUAGCUUGGUACAGCAGUCCAACAUGAUCCUGCUCUAAGGCAAUAGAGUGAAGCAACCAACUGAUGAACUCAACAGGAAUUCCGCCGUGCCGUGAGGUGUGCCGCGUCCCCCCGACGGACGGGAAAGAGUAUGACACGCGGCGGCGAGUCUGCUCCGAAGACCGGCAGAACCAAAUCGCGAUUUACGAAAACAAACCCGUGAAGACGGGCUACUGGCCGUUGGUGCGCAAGUACUGUCCCCCGGUGCCGCGGUUUCCGCUCGUGAAAAACGACAACGACCAGCUGGUGCCCACGUUCGGGAAGUUCGGGCCCUUCGACACCAUGCGGGGACAGGUGGUCAAGGGCUUCUGCGAAACGGGCCCCGCGCCCAUGAUCACGGCGCGCUCGGACGCCAGCACGGGAAGUACAAAAAGCGGCAGCCAAAGAAGCAGCGGGCGCAGAAUGUAGGAGCUUUUUUUCGUCUGCAGUUAUUUUUCAUCGCUGCUUGUAAGAAUGUACGUAGAACUUGUCCGCACAGAAAUUUGUAUUUUGAAACCUUUUUCAGACUAAAAACUAUAGUAACCAAAUAGAAAAAUUCAACACAAUUGAAGCUGCUUCUAUCUUCUGCACAUUUUCAUUUCUCAUUACAUCAAUUCGUUCUUCUAGUACUCUCGCUGUAAAAUACUAGGUUGUAGUAGAUACUAGGAACGACCGAACUUACAGUCAUGUACCUUACCAUUUUGGCCAGAUUCGACAAGUACUAUUAGUAAAAACUUUCAUUCAAGCAAUUCACCUAUGCAUUCCUAUUCCUUCGUCCAGUUCCAGACAAGUCUAAAAAAGUGUAUGUGUAUAGUACCUCUUCAGCUCGCGGUACCCCGGCUGUCAAAAAGUCGUUGUCGUACGAAGGAACGCAUUUUUCUCUAUGUAUACCCCAAGCAAUAUUUUGGUUCAUCCUUAUUUCCCUCUUCGCACGUGCUGAACUCAUUUGAAAAAAGGCGGUAUGAUAUCAAUCUCGAUGUUGGUACCCCCCCACUACCUUAACGUGAAAUCGAAUUCAACAUCUCGUCACAUCGUGCUAGAAACGUUUUUGUCUCGUUUCAUCAACUUCUAAUAUAUACCGCAACGGAGCUCGCGCGGUAAUAAAGCUACG